AGAGACGUCAGACGAUGAAGAGGGUGUCAGCGUGGUGGUGUAUAUGUACAGUGGCGGUGUUAUUCCAAUUCAGCGGCGGAGCGCAGGCAGAACAGUGGGCGGUGGACGGGAAAGUGUUGGAGCUUGACGACUCCAAUUUCGAAUCAGCCAUUUCCGCCUUUGAUUACAUCUUGGUCGAUUUUUACGCCCCUUGGUGCGGCCACUGCAAACGUCUUUCUCCCCAGUUGGAUUUAGCUGCCCCUGCACUUGCUGCUUUAAAGGAGCCGAUAGUGAUAGCAAAAGUAAAUGCAGACAAGUUUACCCGACUAGCUAGUAAAUAUGACGUUGAUGCAUAUCCUACCCUGAAGCUCUUUAUGCAUGGUGUCCCAAUGGACUAUAGUGGACCAAGGAAAGCGGACUUACUUGUUCGUUAUCUAAAGAAAUUUGUGGCUCCUGGUGUUUCCAUACUUGAUUCCGACUCUGCUAUCAAAAACUUUGUUGAGGCAGCUGGAACUUACUUUCCUAUAUAUAUUGGUUUCGGCGUGAAUGAAUCAGUGGUGUCGAAUUCGGCAAUAAAAUAUAAGAAGAAGGCAUGGUUUUCAGUUGCAAAGGAUUUCUCCGAGGACGUGAUGGUUAAGUAUGAUUUUGACAAGGUUCCUGCUUUGGUGGUCAUUCAUCCAAGUUACAAUGAGCAAAGCAUUUUUUAUGGCCCAUUUGAAGAUGAGUUUUUGGAAGAUUUUAUAAAGCAAAAUCUGUUUCCUCUAGCUCUGCCCAUAACCUAUGACACGUUGAAAUCAUUAGGAGAUGAUGAAAGGAAAAUUGUUCUAACAAUUGUGGAGGAUGAGGAUGAUGAGAAGUCUAAGAAACUUAUCAAGAUUUUGAAGUCUGCUGCAUCUGCAAAUCAUGACCUAGUAUUUGGUUAUGUUGGUGUUAAACAGUGGGACGAUUUUGCUGAUACAUUUGGAGCCAAUAAAAAGACAAAAUUGCCAAAGAUGGUCGUUUGGAACCGAAAUGAGGAUUACCUUACUGUUAUUGGUUCAGAAAGCAUUGAAGAGGAGGAUCAAGCAUCACAGAUAUCGCGAUUCCUCGAAGGUUACAGGGAAGGAAGAACAAUACAGACAAGAAUCGGCGGUUCAUCAGUGCUUGGCUUUAUAAAUUCACUAAUUGGCUUCAAGCUUAUAUACAUAAUUGUUUUCCUUGUUGCGGUUAUGAUGAUUAUACGAACCAUUAAAGGAGAUGACGAGUCUCUCGGAGACCGAGCUGACCAAUCUAGCAGGCUUGUCACUGAUGGUGAAAGCAGAGAGCAAAGAUCUGGAGAAAAGGAAGACUAAACAUGGACUUUUGACAGGAUUAGGCGGUGAAUUCAAACUGUGAAAACUGAUGAAAGAAGGACAGGGCCGAUAGCUAGCAAGUCUACAAACGUUAUGGACGGUUGGAAGUUAUUCCAUGUGACUUUGAUUUUUGUACGGCUUCUUUUCAUUCCUAUCCAUCAUUGAAGUAGGUGUUAUGUAUAAAAAUUUUUAGUAUUAUUUAUUUGAGGAGUACGAAGUUGGUUUGCCA